CAAGCCCCGACAACGUCUUGAGAACUAUCGACGACAGCAUCUCAAGAAUUCGCCAAAAUGGUCAAGAAGAGAAAGAACAACGGCCGCAACAAGAAGGGCCGCGGCCACACCAAGCCCAUCCGGUGCUCCAACUGCUCGCGAUGCACCCCCAAGGAUAAGGCCAUCAAACGGUUCACCAUCCGCAACAUGGUCGAGUCUGCUGCGAUCCGUGAUAUCUCGGAGGCCUCUGUCUUCGCCGAGUACACGGUUCCCAAGAUGUACCUCAAGCUGCAGUACUGCGUCUCUUGCGCCAUUCAUGGCAAGAUUGUCCGUGUCCGAUCCCGCGAGGGCCGCCGCAACCGCGCCCCCCCGCCGCGCGUCAGGUACAACAAGGAUGGCAAGAAGGUGACGCCCACUCAGGGAGCCAAGACCUCGUAGGAUGAGGUCUGAUGCAGUCAUGCUGGCACACCACCUUCUGGGGGACUUCGGUGGGGGAUAAUCUGUUGGUGGACUAACAAUUGGCUUUGCAUGGCACUCUGGGUUCCACGGAAAACGGACUGGCGUUAAAAGAGUUAGUUCCCUUGGUUUGGGAAUGGCCGGGCCAUAGCCACGAAAUUACUACAGAGCUUUCCUCCUCCGGAUGCUACGCAAGCCUUGCCGCUUUCUCUCCGUGUCUUGUCCCGUCCAUCUACCUCUUUUCGAUCUCGAAAAGCAGCCUUCUUGUCUUGGGGUCAUCCCAAGUACGCUUCCCGUCAAAUAUGCUCAGGCCUUCGUCAAGCGAAGCCUUCACGUCCCAUUCUGUCCCCGUCUUAGCCGACACCUCGUCGAUCAACUUGGUGAAUGUGGCGGCGUUAUGCCUGAAUGUGCUCUUAUCCCACGAUGGCCCGGGAAGCCCAUCAACAUUCCC